GACUCCAUUUCUCAGCGAAAUUUUAUCAAAGUUCCUGAAAAACUCAAACGGUCCGAAUCAACAAAUAAAGAUUGGAGGAAGACUCUGGAAUCUAGAUGCAAGGAAGAACUUACGCAGUUCAGCUAAUAUUAAACACCGAAAAUAUCUUUCAUAAUUAUUAUUAAUUUUCAUAUUUUCAUCAGAAGCUGCGGUGGGAUCAAACCGGACCAGAAUCUAUAGACAUGUCGAAUCUGUGUGGUUCUGCUGAGCAGAGGCCUCUGAUCUCCCAGCGCUCUCUGCCCGGCACUCCGGUCACACACAAACACCUGCCCAUCGACCUGCGCACAUCCAUGGACGGCAAAUACAAGGAGAUCGCAGAGGAGCUGCUGGCGAGGAGUAUGACGGACAGUGACAUGCGUUGUGCUCCGUACGAGUUUCCCGAAGAGAGUCCCAUUGAACAACUGGAGGAGAAACGCCACCGUCUGGAGCGACAGAUCAGUCAGGAUGUCAAGCUUGAGCCAGAGAUUCUGCUGCGAGCCAAACAAGACUUCAUGAAAAUAGACAGCGCAGCCGACCUGGAGUAUAUGCAGGACAGUCAUGAGGACGCGGUCGACCAGCAUCACAUGGAGCGCGAGACGUUCGUGGAGAAAGAGUUCCAGCGCGUGUCCAUCUCUGGAGAGGAGAAGUGUGGGGUGCCGUUCACGGAUCUGGUGGACGCAGCGAAGUGUGUGGUGAAGGCCCUGUUCAUCAGAGAGAAGUACAUCGCUCUGUCUCUGCAGAGCUUCUGUAAGACCACGACUCGAUCCCUGCAGGAGCUCAACCAGAGACCGCUGGACAUCGGCGUCUUCGAGGACCUUCGCGGGAGUCCCGUCGACUCAGACAUGCGCGUUCACAUGCCGGUGUCGGAAACACACCCGUACGACGGGCGACACAUGAAGAACCUGCCGCCGGACGCCGGAUACACCUGUGCUAUGGUGGACGGGCUCAUUCACGUCUACACCGCGCAAAACCCCACGGACAAGAGCACAGAACUGGACCUGCCGUAUCCAGACCUGCAGGAAUACAUCGCCGACAUGAACGUCAUGAUGGCGCUCAUCAUCAACGGCCCCGUGAAGUCGUUCUGUUACCGGCGGUUACAGUAUCUGAGCUCCAAGUUUCAGAUGCACGUCCUUCUGAACGAGAUGAAGGAGCUCGCCUCGCAGAAGCAAGUGCCACACCGAGACUUCUACAACAUACGCAAGGUGGACACACACAUCCACGCCUCGUCCUGCAUGAACCAGAAGCAUCUCCUGCGCUUCAUCAAGCGCGCCAUGAAGAAAUCCCCGGACGAGAUCGUGCGCGUGGAGGGCGGUCGAGGACAGACCCUGAUGGAGGUGUUCGAGAACAUGAACCUGACGGCGUACGACCUCAGCGUCGACACACUCGACAUGCACGCCGACAGAAACACGUUCCAUCGCUUCGACAAGUUCAACUCCAAAUACAAUCCGAUCGGAGAAUCCAUUCUCAGAGAGAUCUUCAUCAAAACAGACAACCACAUCCAGGGGAAGUACUUCGCCCACAUCGUCAAGGAAGUGAUGUCAGACCUGGAGGAGAGCAAGUACCAGAAUGCCGAGCUGCGUCUGUCGAUCUACGGCCGAUCCAUGGACGAGUGGGACAACCUGGCGCAGUGGGCCGUCACACACUCCGUGUACUCCGACAACGUGCGCUGGCUGAUCCAGAUCCCACGCCUGUUUGACGUGUACCGCAGUAAGAAGCAGCUGAUGAACUUUCAGCAGAUGCUGGAGAACAUCUUCCUGCCUCUGUUUGAGGCGACGGUCAAUCCCAGCAGCCACUCGCACCUGCACCUGUUCCUCACACACGUGGUGGGCUUCGAUAGCGUGGAUGACGAGUCUAAACCGGAGCAUCACAUCUUCAACCUGGACAGUCCGACACCGGCCCGCUGGUGUAACGACAACAACCCGCCGUACUCGUACUAUCUGUACUACAUGUACGCCAACAUGACGGUGCUCAACAACCUGCGCAGGAGGCGGGGCUUCAACACCUUCGUGCUGCGGCCUCACUGCGGGGAGGCGGGGCCUAUUCAUCACCUGGUGUCUGGAUUCAUCCUGUCAGAAAACAUCUCACACGGACUUCUGCUCAGGAAGGCUCCGGUCCUGCAGUACCUGUACUAUCUGGCUCAGGUGGGCAUCGCCAUGUCUCCGCUCAGCAACAACAGUCUGUUCCUGAGUUACCACCGUAACCCUCUGCCCGAGUACCUGUCCCGCGGCCUGAUGGUGUCGCUGUCCACCGACGACCCGCUGCAGUUCCACUUCACCAAGGAGCCUCUGAUGGAGGAGUACAGCAUCGCUGCUCAAGUGUGGAAACUGAGCUCAUGUGACAUGUGUGAACUGGCCAGAAACAGUGUGUUAAUGAGUGGCUUCUCACACAGGGCUAAGGGUUAUUGGCUGGGUCCCGACUACAACAAAGAGGGUACGAUCAGCAAUGACAUUCGGCGCACAAACGUCCCCGACAUCCGUGUGGCGUACCGUCACGAGACGCUGUGCGAAGAGCUUCACCUCAUCACGCAGGCCGUCCGAACGCAGGAGCUGGACCGCAUCGAGGAGGAGGACGACGUGCUGUCCUUCACGCCCAGCCAAUCCAAAGCCCCGCCCACAAGCCCACCUGUCCAAUCAGCAAGCUAGAGAUGAGCCAUGACCCCACCCACAAUCACAGCUGUCCAAUCAGGACACUAGAGAAGCCAUGACCCCGCCCAUACACUCGCCUGUCCAAUCAGCACGCUAGAGAUGAGCCACAGCCCCGCCCACACGCUCGCCUGUCCAAUCAGCACACUAGAAAUGAGCCAUGACCCCACCCACAUUCUCACCUGUUCAAUCAGCACACUAGAGAAGCCAUGACCCCGCCCAUACACUCGCCUGUCCAAUCAGCACACUAGAGAUGAGCCACAGCCCCGCCCACACGCUCGCAGUCCAAUCAGCACACUAGAAACGAGCCAUUACCCCGCCCACACGCUAGCAGUCCAAUCAGCAGAGUAGAGAAGCCAUGACCCCGCCCAUACACACGCCUGUCCAAUCAGCACACUAGAGAUGAGCCACAGCCCCGCCCACACGCUCGCCUGUCCAAUCAGCACACUAGAAACGAGCCAUUACCCCGCCCACACGCUAGCAGUCCAAUCAGCAGAGUAGAGAAGCCAUGACCCCGCCCAUACACACGCCUGUCCAAUCAGCACACUAGAGAUGAGCCACAGCCCCGCCCACACGCUCGCCUGUCCAAUCAGCACACUAGAGAUGAGCCACAGCCCCGCCCACACACUCGCCUGUCCAAUCAGCACACUAGAAACGAGCCAUUACCCCACCCACACGCUAGCAGUCCAAUCAGCAGAGUAGAGAAGCCAUGACCCCGCCCACACACUCGCCUGUCCAAUCAGCACGCUAAAGCCGCGACCCCGCCCACACUCGCCUGUCCAAUCAGCAUGCUAGACAUGAGCCAUGACUCCGCCCACACUCACAGCUGUCCAAUCAGCACACUAUAGAAGCCAUGACCCCGCCCACAUUCACACUACAGCAUCAGGACCAAAGUGACACUCCCCAUCCGUCAGUGUUGAUCUCAUUUCAGUGCAUGUGUAGAGACGUUCAGCUAUGCAUCAAUAUAAUGUGUCACACCUCCGUCACGAGCCGUGAUGACAUCACAGCUCCCUCACGUGCCUUUUACUUUAGCUACUUUUAUUUAGAAGGUUCGCUUCGAUUGUAACUUACUGCGUCUAACGUGUCUUUUAACCUCUGGUUCUACAAACUGCUUUUGAAGGAUAUAUUUUCUCUGACGGCCCGUGCGGAUCUCCUCCGGUCCUGCGGGAGGCGCCGUUGAGCCAAACCCAACAGUAUUUUUCUAACCCUAAACCUCCUGUACACUAAUCGCUGGGAAAUCUCCUCGUACACUAGAUACACAUCACGCCUGACAGCUCAUCGCUAGUUCCACGACUGACGUAUCAGAUCCGGCAUGUGUACGCUAGCUUUAGUCGGACGUUAAACUGACUGUUAAUCUUCACACGAAUAAAUCGCACAAAUCAUGAGAUCGAAACCAGCACGAUAUGUAGAAAUUAGCAUGCUGAUCGCUACAGAGCAAAGCACGACGGCAAAUGAUCACCAGUACUCGUACAGAAAUAUACAUGUAUAUCUUUAUUUUGUGAAUGAGAAUGUUAGUCUACAGCAGUUCUGAUCAGAUAAUUACAGUAUUUUGUUCAUAUCAAUAAAGCAUGUGUGUAUUCAA